UCGAAAUUCCCUUUUGUUAUGGUUGUGUUAAUGUGUUUUCGGGAUAUCAAUAAAUGUGUCCACGAAAAUGAAAAACUUUUUAUCGUGCAUGAUGAAAUUACUUAGAGCAGCCAUUUUGGUUACGGUGAUUUCGUCGGCCUUCGUUCCGUGACGUGUUUCAUAUCUUUACAACAUGGAUUAAAUUAUUACUAAUUUUAAUUGUUAAAUAUAUUUUGAUGCAUUAAUCGCACCAAAAAUAUAAAUUGCCUAUGUUUUAUAUUAAAUGUGUGAACAGUGAGUCAAUAUGGAGCAUGCUCAGAUGCAAAGUUCUGAUGGUGCUCAAGUGAUGACCAUUAAUGGCCAACAACUACAAGUGUUGCAAAUGAAUAAUUCCCCACACAUGAUACAAGGUCCGAACGGUCAACAGAUUAUGGUUCAUGCUAUACCGUCUUCUGGACCAGCAAUACAGAUUGGAACUCCACAAAUCCAGGUAGUGGCAACACCCAAUGCACAACAGUUGCAACAAUUACAAGUCGUGCCUAUAUCCAGCAUUCAGGGUGCCAGCAACAAUAUUCAACCAAUGCAGCUUGUGCAAACUGCAGACGGACAGACAUUCAUAUACCAGCCAGCAGCGAGUGCCCAGCCUGCCAUAGAUCAGCAUCAGAUCAUACAUCAGCCAGCUGUUAUUAAUCUAAAUGGGAACUUAGUGCAAGUAGCGGGUGUGGGCAAUGCAGUACAACCACAGCAAAUCGUCAACCAACCAAACAUUGUUAUGAUGGUGAACGGCAAUAACAAUAAUAGCGGUGCUUCAUCAGCGGAGGGCGCAGCCUCGUCCGCGGCAGGCUCCGACGAGGAACCACUGCUGUACGUGAACGCGCGCCAGUACAAGAGGAUACUGAAGCGACGAGCCGCUAGAGCUAAACUGCAUGAGCAGGGCAAGAUACCUAAAGAGAGACCGAAAUACUUACAUGAGUCGAGACACAGACACGCUAUGAACAGAAUACGCGGCGAAGGAGGCAGGUUCCACUCUGGUAGUAGAAAGAACAUGGAUAACUCAAACCAUUCAUCGGAUGAUAUUAAAGUAUUGGAAGACCUAAAACCUGAAACGGUGUCCAUAACUAUCAUACAUGACGAGGACACACAAGAGAGACAGCCAAAUCAAUGGCGGAGACUCGCACCGCACCAACCACUGCAGUCCACAUAGCAGAUAAAAGUGGCAUAUGUGUAAAUGUGACUGAUUUGUGAUGUUCAGUGAAAUGUUUACGUCAUAUCACUUGGAUUUAUCCAGGUAGAAAUACAAGGACUAGAAGUUUCAAAAUUUCAUUGGCCUUAAUAUGAAUUGGCAAGUUUUUUAUAAAAACCAAAGGGCUGUUUAUGUAGUAGUGUCUACUGGCCAGUUUUAUGCAAUGUAUUGUUAGGAAAUUAUUAUGUUGCGUUGCCAUUAUUGUAUUUUGAUAUUAUAGUUUUGUUUCAAAAUAAAAGCGCAUUUAUAAUGUUCAAUAAGUAUCAAAACACAUUAAAAAUUAAUAUAAUAAUAGGAGGCGACCAUUACACCUGUAAGUUUUACUUGCAUAUAUAAGUUACAUACAUUACAUAAGCAUUAUAAACUAAUUGCAAUUGAUUUAUGAAUGUUAUUUUUAACUAGUGUCAUUUGCAAAAUUACAUUAGGCAAGUGAAACUUGAGGUGUGAAAAAAGCUACUUUCAUACCAUAUAAUGUAUACAUAUACAGUAUUAUUGUUUUUUAAUAAAAUGAGAAAAAUUGUAUUACUCAUCCUGAUCCAUUGACAUAUAUAUUGUACAUUGUUCUAAUAAGUGUAUCUGAUACAGUAGACACGAGUCAAUGCUCUUUCAAAAUAAAAUCACAUACUAAUAAUUUAUUAUUACAAGGACUUAGUUGCAAUUUUUUUACUGCUAUGUAAAAUAAAGCUACUUUUAUUAAUAGAUUUGUAAUUUAAGGUUGUUUUAAAUUAUUGUUGUUGAGGAUUUUGAUUCCGUAAAGUUGUUUUAAUAUUAUAGUUUUAAAUUAAUAGGUUAAUCUCUAUUUGUAGUCUCCUUUUUAUAAAAAAAAAAAAAAUGUACACAUAUAGUUUUUGUAAAUGGGAUUAUUCAGAAUUUUCCUAGUUACUGUUUGAGUCUUGUGUGCACUAUGAAAAAUCAUAGAUAAAGUAUAGAUAGUUUUUAUCUAUGGUAAAUGAAUGUGAUGCUACAGAUAAAUUGACAAUUUGUUGUUAAUUUAAAAUAAUAUUUGUUUCUAAUGGAAUCACAAGUAUAGUUAACUUUACUGCCAUUAUAGUUAUACUUUUUUUGAAAAGUUUUUUUAACACCAAAUCACAUUAUGUUCAUAAUAAAUAAGGAAAAAAAAAUGUUUACAAGCAGUAUAAUUAAAUAAUAUAUGGGUCAGUACAGAUCGUGAGUGUGACGGCGAAUAGACUGAACUGUUAAUGAUUCGUCGUUUUUGAAGUUGUAUUUAAGUCACUAUUAUUCUCAUUUUCUCUUGUUUUUUUCCUUUAUAUUAAUUUUAAAUAGUUUUAAAUUUUACCUGUUUAUACACUAUAUCCCACUAUACGUUUUCACGUGUUUAUUUAUGUAAAAUAGUUAAUAUGUUAGCUCGAUUUAUGUUUUUUUUUUUGAUAUCUAAGAAAACACAAUCACUGUCUGCCCCACUUGGAAUAUAGUCAUGAGCAUAAUUAAGACCAAAGUAUUAUCAAUUGGACGAUGACUUAAGAUAUGAAGAAAAAUCAUGUAAAUAUUGGUGACUGUAAUUACUACUGAGUAGAGUACUGUGGAACUUUUAUAUUGCAAUUAUGUAAGUACAAAAUAAAUAUAACUGCACAUAA